AUGAAGUUCUCCGCCGUCAUCCUCUUUGUUGCUUCAGUCGCCGCCGUUGCUCUCGAUACCGAUGUCCCUCCUGCGCUCAGCCAGCCUGGUCGCCGUGGUGUUGACUGCGGGGCUUGCGACAGACUGAACUUCUGCCCUGGCAAGCCCAACAACAAUGUCGAGUGCGAGCUUGACGGCUGCUGCAAGAACGCGCUUCGGAUACCCAUCACGGUUGCCGUAUUUCUGACAUGUGGGAACUUGGUGAAGUCAACGUUCAGAUGA